CUUGACGAUGGACAUGCAUGUCUCACAUAUGCAUACGUGUCUCCUCUACAUCUCCUCAUCCACUACAACAAAUACUCACACAUCAAACAGAUCCAGCGGCCCGACCGUAAAGACGAUAAAGACGAUUAGUUCAGACAGGAGCCUCUGGACAUGCAUGCACACAAAAGAACCAUGCACACCAAGCACGUCGACAACAUACACAUGCCGACUCAGCCCAAAAGAAACAAACAGAAAGAGAGCCACACCCAAAAUAGCCACCAUACACAUCGACGCGGCCCGACCCUAAAAACGAUAGGCCACUGCACACGCAUCGCAUGCACAAAAGGCAUGCUCCCACGAUUAAUCACAUGCAAGAGCCACACCCAACACUCACUGACCAGCAACCCCACGGGAAAAACAGAAACGCCAGAAGUAACCCACUGCAAACAGAUUCCAUAUAUGCAUGCACACCUCCCUCUCACGCGACACACAGAUGAAAGGCCUCUCAGUGAGGCAGGAUGGCAUUGGGUAUGGCUGCAUGGUGGAUGAGAUAGAAAUAGUGCAAGUGGGGCAGUUGAUGACGGCCAGUCGAUCAGCACAGACAGGCACUUACGUAUCAGACAGACAGACAGACAGACGGGCAGGCAGGCAGGCAGGCAGGCAAGCAUAUCACGUACAAUGCCAGAUCUGCACAUAUCGCAUAUGUAAUCGCUAGACAAGCCCGAUUGACCUAUACUACAUUGUGCCGUUCUAUACAUAUACACAAGACGGCCUCACUAGAAAGGGACAUGAAAAAGAGAAGCGACGAGAGACGACAGAAGGAAGAAAGGAAGAACGACAGACAGACAGAUAGACAGACAGACAGAGACGAACAUCCGCCUCUCACUCACUGCACCCAGUGCAGCACCUCUAUCUCCUCAGCCAUGAAAUCCUUCGACCCGCCUAACAGAGCAUCUUCAUCCUCUUCCCUCUCUCCCGUGUAGCCCGAAGGCACAUUUCUGCCGGUGGUGUACUGCCUGCAGCUGCGGAUGUCAUCAGCAGGCCGGCCAGGGCCAAGGCCACUCCAGCCCAGCCACAUUCGCCCACCGAUCCGCACAUUUGCACCAUCUAUAUGUCCCUCCCUCCCCGCUGCAUACACAAUCUGCUCUUGUCCGUAGAGGUUGAUCUUGAUCGGCUUCUCGAAGUGUCCAGCCAGCGAGAACCACCACACCUUACACGGGUACAUGACGUAUCCGGUCGAGCUGUCGGGCAGCCGGAUGCCUUCACUGAUGACGGCGCCGAAGACAUACUCACCAUUCCUAACCACGAACACGAGAGGCUUCGCGUCGCCCACUCGGUCCAGCAGGUCGUCGUAGGUGGUGCCGUGCACAGACGUCCUACACACACACACACACACACACACACAGAGAGAGAGAGAGAGAGAGAUCUGCCCAUCAGCUGUCACAUCAUCCCAGCUGUUGGCAUCAUGUGCGUCUACCGGUAGAGUGAGGUCAGUCGUGUGGUGUCAUUGCCCUUCAGCAGACGGACCAGCCCCUCAUACUCGAAGGCAGACAGCGACGUACCGUCAGGCAAUCCCUGCAGGCCACGCAAAUGGACCUGAACACACGAGUCAUUCGAGCCACACCACACCAAAGCAUCAAAUGGAUGAGCGGAUGGGUCAUGGCGCGAGCACGUUCUCACCUGCCCGACGACCCGACCGGCCGCCGUGAGUACGACAGUGAUCAGCAGCAGCACAGCGCUCCGCCGAGUCGCCAUCGCGUGAGCGGGAACAGAAAGAGGGAUCACAGAGAGUCUUGAGGUCAGUUCAGAGGCAGUCGGGAGGGAGGCGAGGGAGCAGACAGGAUUCAGAAGGGAACAAGUGGUUUGAUAGACGUGUUGGAGCUGUAGCGGGACGAAUGUCCCAGCAGUGAGAGAUCUCUC